AUGAGCUCGCCCCGUAUAGUCGUAAUAGGGGCAGGAGCCUCAGGAAUUGCGGCAGCUACGAGAUUAGCCAAGAAUGGCUUUUCUAACAUUACAAUUCUGGAGGCCGAAGAUCGUAUCGGUGGUAGAAUUUGCAGCGUCGAAUUCGAAAAUGACAUCGUCGAUUUGGGCGCGGAACUCGUUCGCGAGGGUAGUCUCGUGUACGACUUGGUGAAAGAUUACGACGUAGUGGAACCGAGAAAUGCCGCAAUUGAAGUUUACCAUCCGUCACUUGGACCGCUUCCUAAAAGCUUUGUGGACGCCUUCGUCGCGAGAUUUACCGAUCUCCUUGACCGCAAAGACGACGGAAUCUCGUGGCAAGAGUAUUUCGACGAAAACUAUCAAAAGUGCAUUGUCGAAAGUUUCCGCAGCGAAACUGAAAAACAUCUUGCGGUGGAAUGCAGGAAAUGCGCAGAAAAUUUGCUUUUAUUUCAUGCCUUAACUUUCCCACUUUCGGAAGGUGGGGAGAGAUUCGGCGAGGCCCCUCUCACGUUUCAGUGGGGGUGGAAAACUGGAGGAUAUCGUACUUUUCUGGACAUUUUGAUGAAAGACUGUGCGAAAUUUCAGGAGAAGAUCGUCCUAAGCAGCGAAGUGAUAAAAAUCGAUUGGCAGGAAGAGAUCAAGGUGGCCUGCUCCAAUGGAUCUACCUAUCUUGCCGACCAUGUCAUAGCAACUCUACCGCUAGGGGCGCUAAAACGACAGUACAGAACCCUGUUUCAGCCUCCACUGCCGAUGGAGAAAGCUCAGGCGAUAGAACUGCUGCGAUUGCAAUCGCCUUCCCAAAUAUUAGUUCAUUUUCCAAGUAAAUGGUGGGGAAGCAACGAUAUGGUCUUUACUUGGACUGAAGAAGAGAUGGAUUUGGUGGACUUCGAAAUGGGACCAAAAAAGAACGGACGGUCAUGGGUAACGGCAAUAAUAGGUUACUUCGUAGAUCCACGUUAUAAAAAUUGCCUAUCGCUGUACAAUGUUGGAGAUAUGGUCCAAGAAAUGGAGCAAAUGGACGAAACUGUUUGGCUGGAAGGAUUACACUACCUAAAUCAAAAGUUUUUCGCCCGUGCUUUCCCAAACAUAUGCAAACCUACAAAAAUUGCACGGUUCAAAUGGUACAGUAAUCCCCACUUUGGUGGGGUAAUUGCUACGGAAACAUUGGAAAGUAAGCAAAGAGGUUUCGGGUUUAAAACCAUGGCGGAACCGUUACUUGACAAAGCUGGUGGUUUACGCGUUUUAUUCGCCGGUGACGCCACCAACGACAGUUCUCAUGCUUUGGUAAACGCGGCGGUUUACACCGGUUUCAGAGAAGCUGACAGAAUCAUCAAUUUCUACAAGAAAUAAUCACUAAAAUUUGUAAUCUUUCUAAACGUAGCUUCACCUGUUCAAUAAAGAUUUUUUCUCAAUUA